UACCGGAUUUCAGCCGGUAGGCACUCGUUUUCUGCCAGUGACAGUCAUCCCUUUAAACCCUAAGGACCUCCUGGAUUGUCCACCUGCCCGACAUCUGUCCCUUUCCUCACCGCGCGGCGCGAUGAAGCGGAAACUGAGCGACAUUUAGGAGCAGUCUAAAGGACUUCUGUGCAACAGGCACCUGGGCUGCAAACUCACUGAAGGCUGGUCGGAGGAACUGUUGCACAAAAUCCCGCUGCGAUGUCUCUGCUGUGCGUUAGAGUAAAGAAAGCCAAACUCCACGGGCCCCCAGACAAAUUCAACGCCUACGUGACUUUGAAGGUGCAGAAUGUGAAAAGCACAACUAUCACAGUCCGAGGGGACCGGCCAUGUUGGGAACAAGACUUCAUGUUUGAGAUCAGUCAUCUAGAGUCCGGGCUGGUGGUGGAGCUGUGGAACAAAGGUUUGAUCUGGGACACGAUGAUCGGCACGGCGCUGAUACCCCUCAGCUCCAUUCGACAGUCUGACGAGGAGGGACCAGGAGAGUGGACGUCUUUGGACUCUGAGGUGUUAAUGAGGGAGGAUGAGAUCUGCGGCACCACCAACCCAACUCCGCACCAAGUGCUGAUGGACACUCGCUUUGAGUUGCCCUUCGACAUUCCCGAAGACGAGGCUCAGUACUGGACCAGCAAACUGGAGCGGAUACAUAAUGAGUAUCCAUCACAAGAUGAGGGCCAGAGGAGAAGAAUGCCAUCUGUGCCUUCCCAGUGCUGCAGUUGGAGUUAUUUUGGAUGGAGUGACCAACAGACUUUUGAUGACCAUGACAGUGCAGUGGACGACUGGGACAGUGAAACUGGAAACAAACCUCCACCCUUCCACAACACUUCCCAAACAAAUUCCUCAGUGCAUCAGUAUCCCAUGAUGCGCAGGGUUCAACAUCAAACACUGUCAAAGGAGUCUGACUCUGUGCAUAGCUAUGAGCUAGAAAUGAGGGGGCCCAGGAAAUCAAACAGUAAGGGUGGAGUAAAAAUAAUCCCUGUUGAUUCAGGUAUGGGUGUGGAGGACUGGGAGAGUAAAUACAAAGUGCCUGACUCUGGUGUCUUGGACGAUUACUUGGAUGCUGAGCAGAAAAUGUGGGAGGAUGAGGACAAAAGCAUCAUCUAUAAAAUUAGUGACAGUCCAUCCGAGUCCAGAGUCAGCAGAUUCUAUCAGACAGUGGAAUGUGAUGCACAUUUCCCAGAGGACUUGCUGGAGCUGGAUGGCAGGACACACAGACGGAGGCGUGCCUUCGGCAGUGGAGAAGUGCGGUUAGUCUACAAGGAAGCCGGCAGCUUUGAGGAUGAAUCGUCACCUCCUGAAAUUGAUAUAAUACCCUCUGCUAAACAGCUACGACAGCUGUCAGAUAGAGAGAGUCUACUUUUCAAAACUAGACUGUGGGCCAAAACUGCUUUAGAAGACACACUUGAGAACUAUGCAGCUUUUCGUGAGGAGGAAGCUGCUCGGGAAGAGGCUGAAAGGAUCAGGGAGAGAGGGGAGUAUAACUCAGUUGGUUCAGAUGAGAUGCAGUAUUCCUUUGGCUCUGAGGAGGAAUUAGAUGACCUGACAUUCACUGAGGGAGAUACUUGCUAUGAAUAUGAAAGUUAUUACUACCCUGGCAAGUAUAUGCCGCCUUAUGGAGAAGACUUUUCAAGUAAAGGGAGGUCAAGUCAUGGACAAGAUCCUAUGUUGUCGCCGGUGAAGGAACCAGGUGAAGAAUAUAUAGAUCCAAUGGAUGAACUAAAGAGUUUAGUUCACUCAGUGUCGGAAUACUUGGCUGUAAAAGAAGAGGAGAUCAGCAACUACGAAUCAAUGCCUAAACCAGUUAGACGAAAACUCCCAGCACUGCCAACUGAUGCUAAAGUUGUGCAACCUAAAGAGAGUAGUAAUGACGAUGUCAAAGUUGAUACUAAGGAGGAUAGUGCUGUUGAACAGGGCAUAGCUGGAGUAAAGAAUGCAAUGAGUUCAUUGUUUAGUACAAUAACAGGAUCAAAGCCUGCCACUGAGGGAGAUGCUACUGGUACAACUUCAUCUCCCCAACCAACCCAAGCAGACUCUGGUAUUUCAAAACUUCUCUCUUUGAUCCCCAAAGCGAAUAAUGAAGUCACAGAAACCUCUGGUGCUACUGCCACAGAACCACCUACCUCUCAAUCAUCACCCCAACCUGAGUCGGGCAUUUCAAAGCUGCUUUCAUUUAUUCCCAAAAGUGGUGGUACUUCCCCACCCGUAGCUAUAGUUCCACCUGCCUCUCAGGAACCCACAUCAGAAAAAAAGUUUUCCCUUCAGUCUCUUUUGCCAUUUCAAUCUUCCGAAUCCAACCAGCAAGCUGACGCCAGUCAGACGGCGACACUUAGUACAGAUUCACAAGGAAGCGGUUCUAAACAAGCUACAUCUGGUUUUGAAUCCAUGUUAGGAAGACUUAGUCCUUUGAGACUUUUUUCUAGUGCACCACCAUCUAGAGACCCAUCACCUCAGCCAUCAGAGCAAAGAAGUGCAUCUGCUCCAAUCAAUGACUCCCAGCAAGGGCCUGUAAACAAAACGGUGAGUACUAUUAGAGAGGGAUCACAAACAGACCGGCAAUUAUCAGGUGAAAUGAGAACUGGCUCUGGCAGUGGAUCAGUUGAUCUUUUGUCAGAUACAGGAAGUGGAUCAAUCGAGCUUUUCCAAGAAACUGGUAGUGGGUCAGUAGAGCUUCUUCCAGAGACAGAGUCCUCUGGUGAACUACCUGAUGUUCAGCAAAGAAAAUCUUCACCAGUACCUGAACCAAAACCUGAAAGCAGUUCAGAGGAAGCAGGAUUUUUCAGUCCUUUUAAAAAGUCUCUUUCUUCACUAAUGUCAACAACUCCUCCAGAAAGUUCCCAGCAGAGUGACACCAAGCCUGCAGAUGAGUCAUUUUUAGGUACCAAACUCAAACUUCCAUUUUUCUCAGAAAAUAUUUCCGCAACAACAGCCCCACCAAAGGCAGAAGGGGGCAUGCUAUCAGGGAUUCUUAAGUUUGCAUCUGGUGAAGAUGCCAGUGCCACGCCAAAGAGUCCAACCCCAACCCCUACAAGAACACCCUCUCCAAGUCGUGCAGCACUUCUUGAAAGUUUACCCAAAGGAAACACAGAAACUGGGUGGUUUUCAAACCUUUUUAAAGUAACCCCAAAUGAACCAGCUAAGGAACCCAUGAAGCAACAAAUGACUCCCACCGUGAUAUUAACCAAACCUACUGACCAAACUGAACAAAUAGUGUCUGAUAUCACAGAGGGCACCGUUUGCAAAACAGAACCUUUGUGCCAAGAGCAAAUGUCAUCUGAAAAAGAUUCCCAGUCCAAGCUAGAUGUUCAGUCUGAAUCAACUGCGAGAUCUAAAAAUCAAAGUCCUCCCAAAUCUGUGGAACAAGAUGAAUCGCAACCAGAAGCCUCACAGACUCAAGGAUUUCUUUCUGGAUUGUUGAAACUUGGAUCAACUGAUUCUGAUUCUUCUGUAAUGAAAAUUGAAGGAGGAAACACUCAGUCUCAACAGGGUGGGCUGUUCUCAGGUCUAUUUUCACCACCUUCCCAGUCUUCUCCCCAAACACAGCAAACGUCUGCCACACAACAGUCAGGAGGACUGUUGUCUGGAUUUUUAAAAUUUGCCUCUGAUGUCUCUGCUUCUACGAAUCAGUCCUCAUCCACGUUACCAGGAGGACAAUCUAGUCAAAUUUCAACUCCAAAGCAAGAACAGCCUACUUCUGCUCAGCCAUCAUCUGUAGGACUGUUAUCUGGGAUCUUAAAAAAAGCCACAGACACAGUGUCUGGGUCUCAACCAAAUCUUGCUAGCCAUGAGUUACAACCAGAAGUGGCUGACCAUAAAGCAAAAAUGGAAGGAUCUGAUCAAAACUUGAGCCAAGGGAUGACUCCUACUCAGUCAGCAGGGAUUUUGUCAGGAGGGACUCCAUCUGACUCACAGCUAAAACAGCCUGCAGCCUCAGACCAGAAACCGAGCAAACAGACAGACCAAACACCACCCAAACCACCUCCAACAGAAACAGGAACAACACCACAACCUAGUGGAUUGUUUGGAGGUUUGCUAAAAUUCCCAGAAACUGGUUCCCAGCAAGAACAUCCUCCUCAGCAAGGUGGCUUCCUCUCUGGUCUUUUUGGAAUGGGAGCUCAAGACUCUGCUCCAGCUAACCAAACCCAGCACUCACAAAACCAGUCGCGGACUGUCAAACCUGGGAACCAGCCCAUUCAGCAACCCACCAAUAGGCAAAACCUACAACGGCAAAACCAACUCCCACCACAGCAACCCCCCAGUAGUCCUGCAGGGAUGCUCAGUGGAUUAUUUAGCAAAAUUACAGAUGCAGCUACUCCACAGUCUACAGUGGGGAGUCAACCUGAACAGCAACAAGCACAAAGACCAGGGCCUAACAUUACUCAACAAGCAUCUAGUCAACAGGGAGGCUUUUUCUCUGGGUUAUUUUCAACAGGUCCUACUCCUCCACCUCAGCAACAGCCACCUGUCAGUAGAAACCAACAGCAACCACAACAAGGUAACAGACAACCUCUCCGGAGACAAAACCAAAUACCUCAGCAAAGUGCUGCCUCUGCACCAGAGCUACAACAGGGGGGACUAUUGUCAGGGCUUUUUAAUAAAUUGGCUGCUAGUGAUAAUGCACCACAACAGCCCACCCCACAGACUGCAUCUCAACAAGGCAAUAAAUCAAAUUUAGCUGGACCCAGCCAACCUGUAGGUCAACAGUCAUCUCAAACAGGUCAGCAAGGAGGAUUUUUGUCUGGUCUGUUCAGUCAAACAUCACCUCAGCAACAACAGCAGCAGCAAUCUGGUAAAACAGGCUCUCAACAAACUGGAACUCAGCAGCCGAGUCAAAGUGGAGGCUUGCUCUCAGGUUUUCUUAAGCUUGCAUCCGUUGACAGCGCACCACAGGAACAACCGUCACCUCAACCUGUACAGGGAGGUCAGCCAUCUGAUAAGCCUGGACAAACUCCAGCUCAAUCUGAAUCAGGGGGAUUAUUCUCUGGCAUUUUAAACAAAAUUUCAGGUACUGUGGAACAGUCGCCACCCCCACCUGCUGAUCAGAAAAUACAGGAACCAAAGCAGCCACAUACAGGACAGGGCCGACCUCAGAUUCAGAGAACUAAACCUGUAGAAAUGCAUUCCUCCCAAGAUGUGGGAGAUAAAGAUAAGGACUUAAAAAGUACAUCUCAAAAAGGUUUUCUCAAAAGCCUUUUUAGUGCCACUGAGGAAUCACCAUCAAAAACACAGCAGCCAUCUACUCCUCAACUUGGAAAGGAAGAACAAAAAACCAGCGCAAGUAGCAGGUCUCCUAGUCUGUUAUCAAGUAUUUUAAAAACGGGCACCAAUGACAGUACUUCUGCUCCUGGAAAGGAAAAUGAAAAAGGCUGCUUCGAUCAUUUACUACCAAAGAGUAAGGUGGAUAUCCAUUCAAGUACAGCAACUCUAACGAGUGGCAGUCCAGUCACUUCCACUGUUGAGACUUGUAAAGAAGCCACACAUUCUCAGGGCUUGCAAGAUCCUACAAUUUCUCCAACGCGACGUUAUCUUGAGGAAAUACAACGUCUCUUGUAUGGAACAGCAGAUGAGUAUGGUUACAAGGAUCUUUUAUACAACUUUACAGAGCAUGGUGUUAUUCCACCAGACCUCUAUGAGCAUCAGUGUCUUAUUGAAGCUCUUUUGUGGCAACAACUCAAUGAUUAUAUCCUUGCUGAAUCCCUUGCAACUCAAGUCCAGGAAGGCUACCAAACAUACCAAGGGCAUAUGGCUCCUACAGUUAGACCACCUCAAUGGGAGAAUCAAACAUGUUUGAAACCUAAAGAAAUGGACAUUAGUGGCUUUAAUGUACCCUCACAUCCUUGGAGGGAUUCUGCUGCCCAGCUUUUUGGAAGCAGAAAUCGUUUCCUUGAGCCAGGUGAAGAUGUUAUUCUGUUUGACAUGAGCUGCAGAGAUAACAAAUCCUGGAGUAGCUGUGACCAAUUGAAUAAUCUUGCUGGAAAUGCUAAACCUUGGAUCGUUAGAGGCAGUGCGCUGAAUCUGUCUACGGAAAAAACAAAGACCCAGUUAAGUAGAUGCCAGUCGCUCACUGAAUGCAGAGGACAGGAAUUUAGCAAAAUGGUGGAAGAAACUACUGUUAGUCAUUUAAAAGAUAAAGACUUUGAUUUGAAAUCAGCAACUGAGUUUUUAAAACAACUUGCCACAAAAAAGGGUCCAAUGGAUUUAAGACGUGGUGCCCUGGAUUUAAGCAGAUCUGCAGGCAUUACAGGAGAUGCAGAAGAACAAAUGCUAUUUAAGGACUCUGAGUGGUAUCAACAAUGGCUUUUACUAUUGGAACAAGGGCUGUGGUGGCCAGCUGAGGCUGGGGACUGUGGAUAUUAUGUCUAUACAAAUGAGGAUUACAUUUAUUCUCUUUUAACUGACAGAGCUGGUAAACAUCUCUAUGCCUGUGCUACACCGGAGGAUGUACAAGCUCUUGGAAAUAUCACUGAAAAUAUUGCUAAAAUUCUGAAACAAAAAGAAAGGGAUAAAGUUACCCUUUGUGGUUUUAAAAUCCCCUUUUACACUGAAAAUGAAGGCUUCUGGAUUCAAGGUGACCAGCAGAAUGGGUUAGUUCUUUCUGAUGCUCCUGUGAACCUAACCUCUGCACUCAAAAAGGGUGAGAAAAUAAUGAACAUGAAUUUGGAAAGCUUUUCUCAAAUGUUUCAGGAAUCGCUAUCUUCCCAAGCAGAACAACCUGUAGACUUUUCUGUGUACAAGCUAAAAAAGAUCAAUGUAGAAUCGUUACAAAAUACUCAUGACCAUCAAGAGGAACCAAUAGAGGCCGCUGAUAUGACUUUAAAGUCACUGAAAGGUGGACAUGGAGGGCCAUAUUGGAAGAAUCAGGCAAUAGCAGAUGUAAAUACAACCUCAUCAGCACAUUCUCCAAGGUAUCGUUCAACACAAAUCUUUCCAAAUAGAUACUCCCAAAUUCCUGAAAUCAGGAUUGCACCUGCAGAGGAUGUACUUGCAGAACCACCAAGACAAAAGUCAAGCUCUAUAGUUUCAGCUGCUGGAGAAGCUGUUAAAAGGCCUUCCAAGACUGAUACAAGUAAAACUAGAAUACAGUCAUCAACACCUGCUACAUCACCACCAGUGUCUAACAAGGUUUCAGAGACAUCAAGGAUUCUUUCAGGGAGCCCAUCAGCUCAAAAAAUACCAGGACCUGUGUAUUCAGGAAGGAAACUCCCGACACCACCAGCUGUUAGUACAGGUGUCAGCUCUGCAGCAUCUCCAUCACAGGCAGUUUCUAUUAAGAUUUCAUCCACGACAUCUACCUCAACUGUACCUUCAGUUUCACCACAGCGACAUAGGCUUGCAAGACAGCCCUCUCAAGCAGAGAGACCCAGAGUAUUAUCACAACCAAAUCAAAUCACAGUCACUGGGAUGUCUAGCAUUAGCAAGGUGAACAGUUCUUUAGCAACUGAUGAAAGUGCUUCCCUGUCUCAAAAUCAACCACAAAAAUCCUCUCAGCAACUUACACCCCAGUUACAUAUUUUAAAUGACAGCUCGGAUACAUACAGUGAAGCUUACCUUUACAAUAGAAAUCGGACAUCACUUUUAACCACUGCCAGCUCUCAAAUAUGCAAUAAAGUCAUAGACUGUUCUGCCACAAUGAAACAAAUCAAAAAUGUCAAACAAAAAGGUGCAACCGAUGACAUUGUAAAGUCUGCACAGAGAAUUGAAGUUGUUGACUUCACAAAGUACAAGUUAAAAAGAUUCAAAGAGAAACAGUCCAUUGAUACUCAGGCGAACACUAACUUGACUGGCCAGACUACCAUUGCUGUAGAUCUUACCAAACAAACUGAGGAAGAUGAAGUUGAAUGGCCUGAUUCAGAAUAUGGCACUAUGAACACAUUACAGCAAAGUCCAACAUGUUCUCAGACUGAUCACAGGCAUGCUGAUCCUCACAAGAAAUCAGAGAGAAGAUUGUCCAGGCCAGAAGUUACAACCAGCCAUGUAACUUCUGUAGUUCAUAUCCAAAAGCUCCCAGGCUCUCAGAGUACCCAUAUAAUGACUGAGACAAACUGCACUAAAGUUGAAGCAGGCAAUUCACCCAAGCCGUCUUCUACCUCUAAAUUGUCAGCGAGUUCUCACAGUAGUGUUAGCUCUUCAGUUACUGAUGUUUCUAGUAAAGCCUCUGGCCUCAAUAGUGAUCUUAAACAAACUGCAAAAAUGAAAUCAGCACAACCUGUAUGUACCUCACCACUAUUAAGCCCAAUUUUCAGAAAACAAGUAGCUACUCAGGAACCACAACCAAAUUGCUCUGUUGGUGUGGGCCUGCAAAUGCAGCAGAGCCCACAGAUAUCCACAACUCCUCCUUAUCAGUCUAAUGGAACAGCUGAGCAAUCUCAGAAGAACAGUUCACCAGCAAACUCAAUUAAACCUACAUUAGAUAUGUCUAAAAAGAAAACAAUCCAGCAGACUCAGCAAACUGUUGUGCCAACUGUUCCUAUCUGUGAGGCACUGCCACUGACAAAGAGAAAAACAUUACCUUCUGAAAAGACGGACAAAAGUCUCAGUUGUCACGAAUCCAUUGACUUGUCAAAUAAGGCAGAAUUUCAAGAGCCAACGGAACAAACAAUAGAGUAUACUAAUUACGUUCCUGUUGAGAAAAAGCUUCCUCUUACUGUUGGAACGAUUCAAAUAAGAUCUUCUAACACAAAAGAGGAGACUUCAUGUGGUGAUAGGAGGAUAUCAUUACCAAGGCAGCGACCUCUUCUUGGACAGUUUACAGAAUCUCUUGAAACUGGCAAAACACUCUGUCAAGCCACAGCACCAGCCAAUGCAGUUAAGGCCACACUAGACAUGACUUCUAAAUCUUCUGCCAAAUUUAAGGAGGCACAUCUAGAAGUGGGAACAAAUGAUACUCUUUCUGAAGCUCUACCACUAACAAGAAGCAAGCCAAGUGCACAUGAAUUUGUACGAAAUAAUUCUGUUGGCAUACCAUUAGUUGUUGAUAACCCAUCUGAAGUACCUCUUGGUAACAUAAGAAGUUCAAAUGCAAAUGCCCAGCAAACAGCUAUGAAUAAGCUUCAAACUCACUCAGGUUCUAUUCUGUGUCAACAACCAUGGCACAGAAAAUCUGAGGCCUUUCUCCAUUCAAAUCAGAUAACUUCACAGCUAUCAGUCAUUACCCAAAUGAAAUCACCUGCUACAUCUCCAGCAAACUCUAUUAAAAGCACAAUCGAUAUGUCAACAAAGACAGGUAAAUCAGAUGCGAUGGUAAACUAUUCAGAUCCAGUAUCACUGGUAAGGAUAAGACCGUCAGGCUUUUCAUAUUCACAAGGGGAUUCUGUUGGUGUACCACUAAUUGUGGAAACCCACCUAUCUCAGAUACAAACUAAAAGGCAGCCAACAGUGGCUGGCUCACAGGUGCCAAUACAACAAGGAUAUGUUCAAAGUGGAUGUCAAGAAAUAUCUGCACCUGCUAAUUCUAUCAAAAGCUACCUAGACAUGUCUCCAAAACCACAGGAGAAAUGGUCUGAAACAGUGCCUGAUACCUUGUCAACUGGAGUUGUUCCACUGAUCAAAAACAAGGCAAAUAUGAUAAGAAAUGGUUCUGUUGGUGUACCACUUAUAGUGACACAAUCUGCAAAUCAACAAGGAAGACAAGUUUUGAGUAGAAUCAGCAAAACUGAGAGAUUGCACACAAAUAUAUUUCCCUACCAAUGUAAUGAUGUAUUUUCUGGGCCAAAUGCCAUCUCUAAGGACAUGUGGCAACAAAAUAAACCAGUGAACUUCUCAGCAAAAGACAGCCUAAAGCCUAGUGCUUUAAGUAAUCAAAUUGAGCCAAAAGCUGAAGAGCCCAUGAACUUUUCAAAUGUUAAAGCAAAAAAAGAAAUGUUUGAAAGAAGGAAAACCGAAAGGCCGUUAGAAAGGGAAACACCAGAUGGUAUUGUGAACCUAACUGUAGAUCUUCAAAACAAAAUCACAGUUGUUAGAGAUCAAAAUACAAAGGAUUUUUCUUCUUCUUAUAUUUCGUCACAAUCUCAAAAUGGUAUCUACUGUCACCAACCAUACACACCUGCAGCCAGUACUGAAGAUAUCAGAGAAGAUACUCAGAAGCCUUUGCAAUACAGGGAAUAUUUACCUGAUAAAAACUCUACCAUCCAACCUGGAAUAAAUUCUAGAUGGCAGUUGGGAACAGGAAUAAACUCUGAGUCAUUGACUACUUCAGUGUUAUCUCCUGUACCUGUUCAAAUGAAGACACAGCCUCCUCAGGCUAUAGAGGAACCCAAGAGAUCUUCACUAAACAAUGCAUAUCAACCGAUCAGUUGUGCAAAUGUUGAUUACAAAAAACAUGAUCCACUGUCUCAGCAGCAGCAAACCCAACAUUCAGCUGUGCAACAGCAAUAUCAACAUUCUGGUGCUAAAGCUGGUUGGACUCCAGCAAUUAUUACAUCUCAGCCAAUACCUUUAAAGGUGGAAAGACAUGAUCCAAGUGUUCAGUUUGACAUUUUAUCUAGACCCCAAAUUCUUAUUAAGCAGGCAACUGUGGACAGCUAUGAGAGCACUGAGGAAAUCCUGCCAAACAGUGAAAUAGUAUCAAGUAAUGGACAUGCAUUGCCUUCUGCAUCUACCCAUCAACUGUAUGGUACAAUCCAAAAUGAUCCCACCACACACAAUGUUCAUAAUCUUUCACUUAGUCAGCAACCAGAUGGUAGGCCUAGACCUGAACCUUCUCCACAGUCUUCUGGCAUACAACCUGUACAAAGUAUGGCAACAGAAGAUUUUUCAAAAGGACCUCUUGAACUGUCAAAACAUUCUAGUCAAUACCAAACCCCUGUCACUUAUAAGCAGUAUUCCACACCAACCGUACCUUUAAAAGUAAGCACAUCUGUAUCCCAACCAUCCACAAAAUGUGAUCCACUACCUGUACAACCAUUAAAGAGCAACUUUCCUAACCAGAACUUUGGGGCUGAAUUGCAACAACCAGAGGCAUCUGUGACAGGAUCUCUUGAACUAUCAAAACAGUAUACUCAAACCCAAACACAUGUCACUGUCCAACAAUAUUCCACACCAACUGAAUCUUUGAACAUUAGCACAUCUAUAUCCCAACAGUCUACAAAAUGUGAUCCUGUGCGUACACAACCAUUAAAGAUUAGCUUUCCUAACCAAGACUUUGGGGCUCAAUUGCAACAACCAGAGGUAUCUGUGACAGCAGCAAGGUCUACCUCUGUUAAGGGUUUGAUUUCAUUAUUCAGCGGUGCUGGAUCGCAACCAUCUGCCAGUACAAUGCCAGCUGCUGCUCCGUCCCACCAGCUUAUGUCUACAUCCGAGGACCAAAGGACGCAAUUUACUGGAACACAGGUGACAGCUGAUAUUAAACAGACCACCCCCCCAGUAACCCCUGCUGGGCUUCAAGAAAAAACUGCUUUAAGCUCACAAAGUCUUAUUGUGUCAAGUUCUCUGCCUGUUACUGACCAAGCUAACUUUGGUUCUAGAUUGACCAGUGAAAAUAAUGACAUAUCAAACAGGAAAGAAAUUACCUAUCCAGUUACACAAACAAAAUCCUUUGAGGACUCUAGAUCAGUGGUGGUUAAAGAUAAAGUAACUUCUUCCUUUUCAUCUGAAUCAACAAAGGAUCAAUCUGCAGCCCUACGGACAGAGCUGGAUCCGACCCAAUCACUAAUAAGCAAAUCUGAACAUAGAAACAACGAUUCCAUUUUAAGUGAUAUAAGCUCUGAAACGUCACCAGUGAUACUGCCUAUGGUUUCCAACAUCAGUGAGUUGCCAGUACAUGGUUUGCCUUCAUCUCUUUCUCAAGAAUAUCAGCAACCACCGUCAAUGCUAAAUGCAAUCCCAGAGAAAGAAACACAAGAUAAAGAAAGGCCUUUUCCUGAAAAGGUACUAACAAAGCCAUCAGAUACCAUGCCACCCAAGGGAAUUCUGAGUUUUGACAGUUCAGCAGAACCUUCGCAAACACUGUCAGAAGUUAUAUCAGAAGCAGGUGGCAAAGAGGGUUCUGUCAUCACGGAUAAAAUGUUUGUACCAGAAUCAGACAUAUCUAUGCAUGAGAUUCUAGAGCAUUCCAAACAAACUGUAGCCACAGAGUCUUCCGAUGGCAAUACUGAGUGUGGUGAAAAUUCUUUGUCUAAUGGAUCACAGGAUAAAAGUCAACAUCAAAAGUCAAUUUACAUUGGCAUUGGCUCUGAAAUACCUGAGACACAAAUUGAACCAGGUGACCAAAAACCUUAUAUCAGGCUGCCCCAUAUUUUUGUCUCGGCAGCAAGUUCACCAGAAGAAGAGACAAAUGAGCAUGAAUUUAGUGAAUGUAGCACGCCUGAAAUCCCAGAGGCCAGUGUUUCUAAAGAAACUGCUCCCGAUGCAGAAUGUAAAGAUUCUUUACCUGACUAUUCUGUUUCAGAGUCUGAGAUAUCUAAGGAGGCUAGAGCUACAGAAAUAUGUAGCACAGAGCUAUCCACUGAAUUAGAACAAAUCAAGACCUCUUCACCAGAAAUGCCACUUAUACUGACUGCAGAAAGUAGUACUCUUGCAGAGAGAGACUCACAGCACAUCAUGACUGAAAAAUGUUCAACUACAGAUGAUGUGCUCUCUAGAGCUGAAGGAAUAUCAGAGAGUACUGAAGCCAACGAGCCACAAACUGAACUGACUUCCAAGGAUGCAAAAUUAUCAGUUCCAGACAAUACAACACUUGAUGUGGUUGAACAACUCGGUGAUCUGGCUGGCCAGGUUGGCAAUACAACUUCAGUAAUAAAAUCCUCCAAUGCUCCUGAAACACUUGACGCUCUAGCUAAUAAGAGGGAGAGCACAUCUUCAGAAAUCGUACUGUCUGAAGGAGUACAGUCACAUGAAAAUGUGUCACCAGAAGAAUUACCCUCAGUCUCAGAUGCAAAAUUGCCUGAAAAAGUCCAACCACUUUAUGACGAAACUCAAAAGGAUGUCUCCUUGUCUGAACCUAAGCCCAGUCCUGUCAAACCUCUCACAGAGGAAAUAAUAGUUUCCAAGGAGGACAGUUCUGCUGGCAAGGUUGAUCAACCUGAGGAUGAACAAGCAGGUAAAGGAUUAUUUUCUUUAUUUAGUGGCUCUACUCCAAACUCACAGCAGACUUCCUCCCCUGGUAUAUCAUUACUUGGUGGUAUUCUUCCUGGCUCAUCUGCCAAAGACGCUCCUGGGACAGGAUUGCUUUCAAUGUUUGGUGGGUCAAGUACCCCAUCUUCACCUGGAUCCAAAGAAACAACACCAACGCCACAAGAGCCACAGGGAAAAGGUUUAUUCUCCAUGUUUGGUGGAGCCAGUAGUCAAGCAUCACCUGCUCCAAGAGGUCCAACUGUUGGAAGUGUGCGACCUAGAGGUCCUCCACCCAAAGAACCUCCAGGAAAGGGUCUGUUUUCCAUGUUUGGUUCAUCUGCACCUCAGCAACCACCCAGUCCCAGAGGUCAACCUAUGGGUAGUGCUACACCAAGGGCACCUUCUACUGGAUCUUCUAUAUUUGGUGGCAUACUCCCUGGUUCUACUACAAAUAAAGAAACCCCUGGAGCAGGUUUGUUUUCAAAGUUUGGUGGUCUUGGUGCCCAGUCUCAAACUAGUCCUAGAGUACGCCCACCUGGGCCAACUGUUACACCACCAAGACCCAGCAGUUCAGAGAUAACAGGAAAAGGACUGUUUUCGAUGUUUGGUGGACAAAGCCAACAAGCAUCAGAAGCACAAUUACCAGUUUCUAAACCACCUGAAUCAGAAGGUUUCAAAGUUUCCUCUGUUUUUUCACUUGGUGGGAGUUCUGAUAGUAACAAAUCUAAAACUGGGUUUGGUCUUUUUGGGAUGUCUUUCUUGGAGGAAACCAAACCCGAACAAGAAACAACUGCUUUUGUAAAGGAAGAGAUUGUUUCAGAACUAGUCAAACCUCCAGACACAAAGGAUAACUUGGAAGAAGGAAAGAAUGACCACGUUGAGAAGAUAAAAAGUGUCUCUCCAGAGCCUCUUUCUGUAUCAUCAGAUAAGGAGGAAAUUGCCUCAGAACAAGUGAAACCUCAAGGCACAAAGGAUGACUCAGAACAAGAAAGGAGUGACUGUGUUGAGAACAAAAAAAUUAUAUCCCCAGAGCUUCUUUCUACAUCGUCAAUUCGGAUGGAAUCUCAAAUAGAACAGGCAUGCCAAGAUGUCAAAGACUCAACUGCAGACAUCGAUCAAAAUGUUACGAAAAUGUCUGUUCCCUCGACAGAUCGAGAUAUAGAAAAUAAAACCACAAUACAACAGAAAUUGCCCUUUGAUGAAAACGCAUCAGACACGGUUAAAGCUUCCACUGUGGACACUCAUGUCACGACUUCUAAAGAGACACUUGUGGAGGCUGAAAAACAAGUUUGUCAGGCAGAGUCAGAAACUGAAAAAGAAAAUAAAGAGAUAAAAGACAGCGUAGAUGUUGAGAGAAAAUUUGCAGAAUCAGAACUUGAUAGCUUGAAAGACGAAAGUAAGUCCACAGGUGCCGAAGCAGAGACAGCUGAUAUCAAAAGUCUUUCAGAGAAAAAUGACACUAUGCAAAUGGCAUUGCAAGUUUCUAGUGAGUCUACCGACAAGAACCCAAGUUCAAAUAAAGUUGAAGAUAAGGCUGUUACUAAUGCAGAGCUAGCAAUUUCAGAGAUUGAAAAACCAAGUGAGGAGCUACUGAAGGUUGCUGAUGAAGAUGAAACUAGUGUUACAGGUAUAGAAAAAACAUCUGAGGAGGCUUUGAAAGUUGCUGCAGAAAAAAAGACAGUAGUUGCAGAUGUAGAAAAGCUAACUGAAGAGCCUUUGAAAGUUGACAGCUUUGAACAAAAAGCUGUUCUGGAAAUAGAAGAAUCAACUGAGCACACUUCAGAAGAUGCUAGUGAAGAAAAUACAGUAAAGGCAAUUAUAGAAAAAUUAACUAGUGAGCUGGAAAAAGUUGCUGAUGAACAAAAGGUAAUGACAGAUGAGGAAAAAUCCACUGAACAUACCAAUGUAGUUGAUUCUGUGGUACAAAAACCAGAAACAGUUACUGCAGAGUCUGUAGUUACUGCAGUUUCAGAUUCUGAAAAAGCUGUCCAAGAAGACUCAAAAAUCGCAUCUAGUGAGACAAUAAAAGAAAUAACUGAGGCAGAAUUAGAGCAUGCUACUACAGAACCUGCAGAAAAGGUAUCUGAAAGUUCACCUUUGGCAGGAGUGGCCUCUUCAACAAAUGAAGAAAAAACCAUUGGUACCAACUCAAUUCCACCUCUUGCUCCUUCAACUCCUCCACCACAACAACAACCUAGGCCGGGUAUGACCAGGCCUCUUGGUCCACAAGUCCAAAGAAUGGGAGUACCAAGAAUGGGUGGGCCGCGAAUGGGAGCACCACGAAUGAGUGGGCCAAGAAUGGCUGGUCCAAGACAGCCAGGGCCACAAAAGCCACCUGAACCAGCUCCAUUUUCUGGGUUUAUGUCUAUGUUCUCUGCCCCAAAUACACAAAGUAAAUCACCAACUGUUGGUGGAUUUUUUUCAAGUUCAGCUGCCUCACUUUUUGGUUCAUCACCUGCGUCUCGUCAGCCACCACCACAACCGCAACAGCAACAUCAACAGCAACAGCAACAGCAACAACAGAAAAGCUCAUUUUUUGGCCUUCCAAGUAGUAUUGCUUCAGAAUCUCUUACAAGUGACUUACUUGGUAUGUUCAAAGGUCCCGAGACAACAAAACCUGAGGAAACUCAACAGUCUGGUACACAGUGUAGACCUGAUGAGCUUUCUGCUAAUGUGACAGACUGUGCAAUCACUGAAAAACCAGAGAUACCUUUAUCUGAAGAUGGACAUGUCAAGAGCACAGAAUCUGAACUUCCUGAAAAAGGUUUGGUGAAGGAGACGGAACAAAAAGAAACGGAAGCAGAAGGAAAUUCUCUCACUGAAUCUAUUAUUCAAACUACUGAGAAACAAUCAGGGGAUGAUGAACAUGUAGAGCAUUCAGAAGGGCCAGUUACUGCAGUGUCUGACAAAGCAGCACCACCCACAGCUCCAGAAAACAAGGGCAUCUUUGAAAUUCCAGGUCUCACUGCCCCAAAAUUAGGCUUUUUGUCUGUAGCUGCUGAAGGUACAUCAUCGAUUGGAUCCCUUUUCUCCACCUCAACAUCUCCAGCCACUGCUUCAAAGGCACCUCAGACACAACAAACUGAUGGUGGUCUAUUUUCUGGUUUUAAAAGCCUUUCAGCUGGUAUUUUCCAUGAUGAAAAGUCAACUGGAAAGGAGGAAGCAUCCGUUUCAUCUGUGUUCGGCAUGAAACUUACCUCAAUGUUUGGUAACUCUGACUCUCCCAGACCUGAAUCCACCCCUCCUGUGGUCAGCGUAGAGCCUCAGUCUGAAACUCCAAAACCUACUGAAUGUGAGGAUCCAGAACCUGAUAAACCUUCCCCAGGUUCUGGAGAAACUGAAAGUGAAGAUGGCAGUGAUACAGAAGGACCAACAGAAACUUCAAAAACAGGAAGCUGUGACAGCUUAGCACAGUCACCUCUGUCUGGUGUUCCUUCGCACUCUGUUUCCCAAAUAGAAAGUUUAGAUACACCUCAGUUAAUGGGCACCCCAUGUGAGUUAGAUAAGAGUGAAGUAAACGCACCUGAUGUCGUGCAUGCAGAACUGGAAAUGGAUCAACCAAAGGAACAGUUAACGAAGGAAGCUAUGAAAAGCCCUCCAGACAGCAGCCACUUUGAUUCGUCAGGCAACCUCAGCCCAGUCAGCUCUCAGCUGAGCUCUGAGCCUGAAGAGCGCCGACAUGUAGAGUCCUGCCACCCCAGUAAGCCUCGCCCUCCUCUCCAAAACCAGCCGUCCAACUGGAACAAGGAAGAAGAGGACGAUGCUGAAAAGGAUGUGCAUGCACUGCCAGAGCCUGGUUCUAAGAAAGAUUUAAAGGACUCUUCAGACAUCCUUCCUAAACCAACCUUGGACAACUGCGAUAACAAGAGACAGACAAAUGGUCUCUUCGUAGAUGGCCCUCCACCCUGCUCUCCGUCCAAAGUUCGCUGGCUGAAAGCCUACAACAAAGUGAGAGUGAAACUGCACGAGAGCCGAGAUCAAGAUGGUGACCUCAGCAAGCACCCGUGGGCCAAGCCAGGGGGGAACACACCGUUUGGCAUUGACAGCAUGCCAGAUCUCCGCAAGAGAAGGCCCAUUCCCCUCGUUAGUGAGCUGGCUAUGUCUAUGCUACAGUCCAGGAAAGCUGGACUCGCCCACACACUGGCCACACGGACCUCCCUGAAAGACGAAGAGCUUAAAAACCACGUAUACAAGAAGACCCUGCAGGCUCUCAUCUACCCCAUCUCCUGCACCACGCCGCACAAUUUUGAAGUGUGGACCGCCACCACACCCACUUACUGCUACGAGUGCGAGGGUCUGCUGUGGGGCAUCGCCCGGCAGGGAAUGCGCUGUGCAGAGUGUGGGGUCAAAGUGCAUGAGAAAUGCCAAGAGCUGCUAAACGCUGACUGCCUGCAAAGAGCGGCCGAGAAGAGCUCCAAGACCGGGGCAGAGGACCGGACGCAGCACAUCAUCAUGGCCAUGAAAGACCGGAUGAAAAUCCGCGAGAGGAACAAGCCAGAGAUCUUUGAGGAGAUCCGUAAAGUGUUCAACGUCUCCAAGAUGGUCCACACCCAGAACAUGAAGAACAUUAAGCAGAGUGUGCUGGAUGGCACUUCCAAGUGGUCAGCCAAGAUCACCAUCAAUGUCGUCAGUGCGCAGGGUCUCCAGGCCAAGGACAGGACAGGUUCCAGUGAUCCUUAUGUGACCAUCCAAGUGGGUAAAACCAAGAAGAGAACAAAGACAAUCUACGGCAACCUGAACCCAGUCUGGGAGGAAAAGUUCAGCUUCGAGUGCCACAACUCAUCAGACCGGAUCAAGCUGCGGGUUUGGGACGAGGAUGAUGACAUCAAGUCGCGAGUGAAGCAGCGUCUGAAGAGGGAGUCGGACGACUUCCUGGGACAGAGCAUCAUUGAGGUCCGAACGCUCAGUGGAGAGAUGGACGUGUGGUAUACCCUGGAAAAGAGGACAGACAAGUCGGCGGUGUCUGGUGCCAUCCGUCUUCAGAUCAGCGUGGAGAUUGAGGGAGAGGAGAAGGUGGCGCCCUACCACGUGCAGUACAUGUGCCUUCAUGAGAAUACGUUUCACUUUACGACGGAUGUUGAGGGAGGCGGCGCGGUGAAGAUCCCAGCUGCUCAGGGAGACGACGCGUGGAAGGUUUACUUUGAUGAAGUGCAACAGGAAAUUGUGGAUGAGUUUGCGAUGCGUUACGGCGUUGAGUCCAUCUUCCAGGCCAUGACCCAAUUCUCUUGCCUGUCCUCUAAGUACAUGCUGUCAGGGGUGCCGGCAGUGAUGAGCACCCUGCUGGCCAACAUCAAUGCCUUCUACGCCCACCCCACCGCCUCCACCAAUGUCUCUGCUCCAGCCAGAUUUGCAGCCUCCAACUUCGGGAAAGAACGUUUUGUGAAGCUCCUGGAUCAGCUGCACAACUCCCUGCGUAUCGAUCUCUCCAUGUACAGAAAUAACUUCCCAGCCAGCAGCAAGGCUCGCCUCAGUGACCUCAAAUCUACUGUGGAUCUUCUCACCAGCAUCACUUUCUUCAGAAUGAAGGUCUUGGAACUGCAGAGUCCUCCCCGUGCAGCCAACGUGGUGCGAGAUUGCGUCAAGGCCUGCCUGAACUCCACCUACGAGUAUAUCUUUAACAACUGUCUGGAGCUCUUCAACCGCCAGUUUCAACCCAAAGAGGAGAGUCAACCGGAAGAGCAGGGCCCAAGCAUCCAGAAUCUGGACUUUUGGCCUAAACUCAUCACACUCAUUGUGUCCAUCAUUGAGGAGGAUAAGAACUCGUACACACCCAUCAUUAACCAGUUUCCUCAAGAGCUCAAUGUGGGUAAAGUCAGCGCAGAGGUCAUGUGGAUGCUCUUCGCUCAAGACAUGAAAUAUGCCCUAGAGGAACAUGAGAAGCAUAAGCUCUGUAAGACUGCUGACUACAUGAACCUGCACUUUAAGGUCAAGUGGCUGUACAACGAGUACGUUAAGGAGCUGCCUGCCUUCAACGACGCUGUGCCAGAAUACCCUGCAUGGUUUCUCCAGUUUGUCCUUGCCUGGCUCGCUGAGAACGAGGAGGUAUCCAUGGAGUUUAUGCAUGGAGCGCUGGAGAGAGACAAGAGAGAAGGGUUUCAACAGACAUCUGAGCAUGCUCUGUUCUCCAGCUCGGUGGUGGACAUCUUCACUCAGCUCAAUCAGAGCUUUGAGAUUAUCAAGAAACUGGACUGUCCUGACCCCACGGUGGUGGCACAUUAUAACAGACGCUUUGCCAAGACGAUCACCAAAGUGCUCCUGCAGUACUCUGCUCUGCUGGCCAAGAGCUUUCCCUCCUACUGUGAGAAGGAGAAGAUACCGUGCGUGCUGAUGAACAACAUCCAGCAGAUGAGAGUCCUUUUGGAGAAGAUGUUUGAGUCCAUGGGAGCAAAACAGCUGGAUACUGAGGCGGCUGACAUCCUGAACGAUCUGCAGGUGAAGCUCAGCACCGUCCUGGACAAUUUCAGCACCAUGUUUGCUAAGAGUUUCCAGCCUCGCAUUAACGGCUGCAUGCGUCAGAUGGCUGAGAUUCUCUACCAGAUGAAAGGCCCCCCCAACCACAGCACCGCUGAGGCAGACGCUGACACCAUGCUGAGGCCCCUCAUGGAGUUUCUGGAUGGGAAUCUCAGUAUUUUUGCUGACAUCUGUGAGAAGACGGUGCUGAAGAGGAUCUUAAAGGAUCUGUGGAAGAUCGUCCUGAGCAGCCUGGAGAAGACCAUCGUGCUGCCUCAGAGCAAUGACAGCUUGGGAGCUCAGCUCCUCACAGCAGCUAAAGGACUUUCUAACCUCAAGGGAGGAGGUGAAGCCAAAACCCUGACGCCCAAGCAGUGCAUAAUUAUUGAUGCAAGCCUCGAGUCAAUCAAGCAAUAUUUCCACGCGGGAGGAAAUGGGCUGAAGAAGGCGUUCGUCGAGAAAAGUCCUGAACUGGCAUCGCUGCGUUACGCCCUCUCCCUCUACUCCCAGAGCACCGAUGCUCUCAUCAAGACCUUUGUCACCACACAGCACUCCCAAGUGCAUGAUGGGAUGGGCAUCAGAAUCACCGCCAAUGAGAAGAUCAGACCUGAUAGGGGUUCGGGGGUAGAUAAGCCGAUCGGAGAGGCCUUGCUGCAGAUCGACAUGCUGCUCGGCAAAGAGCGCAAGGUCAACGUCAAAGUCAUCGCGGUGAACGACAUGAAGUGGCAGACGUCUGGGAUGUUUCGGCCUUUCGUCGACGUCUCCAUGGUCGGUCCAUUCCUGGCUGACAAGAAGCGCAAGUUCACCACAAAAUCCAAGAACAACAGCUGGACGGCUAAAUUCAACGAGGCUUUCCAGUUCGUCCUGGGUAAAGAAUCCCCGGACUGCUACGAGCUGCAGGUGACGGUGAAGGAUUACUGCUUUGGACGGGCGGACCGGGUGGUCGGCGUGGCCGUCGUUCAGCUGCGCGACGUGGCCGACCGCAAGAGCUGCGUGUGCUGGUGUCCUCUUGGGCCACGCGUUCACACCGACGAGACGGGCAUGACGGUGAUGCGUAUCCUGUCCCAGCGUCCUGCUGAUGAGGUGGCCAAAGAGUUUGUCAAGCUGAAAUCGGAAACUCGCCCCGCGGAGGAAGGCAGAUGAGCCGAAACGGGCUUUACUGAAAGCGAGGUUUAGAAGCGCGGCUUUGUCUGUGAGCAGCGUUUCACCUUCAUCCUUAACUAACGGAGACCCUUCUGACUGAUGACGUACAACGAGUUUAUCAUAGUUGGAAUAAGAAAAAUGGAUUUGUUAAAAAGGGCAAAUUUUCAGGAAGAGAUCGUCUCUCAAAAUGUAAAAAAAAGACUUUUCCAGUUUGCGAUACCAGUCCUGUCAAUGGAUUUUAUAUCAGACGAUGACUUUAGAGAGAAUCACCGAUCCAACCAACCCUACGAGAAAGCUCUCAGCAACGACAGAGACAAAACAAAACUCUAAACAGGAAGAAACUUGUGAAAACGUUCUCAGGAACGGCAGCUGUGAUCGUUUCAGGUGAAGGGAAGCUCAGCAUAGCAUCUAUCCAGUUAACUUUGUUUUUUUUGUGGUGUCAUUUCAUAAUUUAAUAUUUUAGUGAGUUAAUCUGGAUAAAAUCAUUCUGACUUUCAAAAACCACCGAGAUACUUGACCGUGCGACACAUUUUAAAACUAGACCUGAUCAGUAACCUCUGAAGUUUAGCAGCAGGGCGACAGCUCAAACACUCCCCUUUCACUCAUGCGUCUAUAAACGACCUCCCUCUGGUUUUUCAUGACUCCAGGGGCCCCUGCCGGCCCUCAGUGAGGCCGACGCCACUGUAGGCCUAAGUCUUUGCUCACCCUCCAUAAACUUUGUCUAAAUGUGUUUCAGGGUGUAGUCCUUGCUGGUGAAUUGACUGUCUGUUGACUGUGAGUAUUACACGAGCCCAUAUUCUUCUAUAAUGUUUGAGCCUUUGAGGCCUUUAAACUCUUUACAGACACCGUGUGUGACUCUGGAACAACCUCUGGAUCCAAAACCUAAUGUCAUGAAAACAUACUACAGUGAACAAAUGCUUUAUUUGAUUUGUUGCUGAAAGCGGAAACUUUUAAGACUGAUACACAAUUUAGUCGUAGACAGAGUUGUAACUGUAACGCACAUAUGUUUAUUAACACAACUUAAGAAAGGACUAGUCAUCACACAGUAGUCAGGCUAUGCAUUAUCCACAGAGUGAGCGUCACACAUUUGCAGCCAAAUUUAACAGUGUGAAAUAUUGUGAUACAGCGUCAGAUCCUGAUGAUUUGCAGGUAAUUAAACAGGAAAUGCCUCAGACGUGUUUUUCCCUUUGAUGUUAGCUUCAGACUGAUCUAUAGAACCUGCAGGGGCACUAAUACGGGCUGUGGUUUGAUUUUGUAGCAAGUUUUUAUGGAUUGCGUUGCCUUAAAAUAAGCAGAUGAGUUAGCUAACGAAGCUAGCCUGCUUUAAGAGACUUGAAAUAUGACAACACUGACUUGUAAAUUAAAAGAAAAGUAAAGAUGUUAUUCAGAAGCAAAAACUCUGACUGACUGCUGGGCCGUUGGGUGUUUGAGGUUUUGAUUUAAUGCUAAUUUGUGAUGGUGACAAAAUGCUGUGAAUGGAAACAACAGCUGAAAAACCCUUUUAAGUGUUACGUAGCGUGAACACGAAUAUAGGACCAAACAUGAUCAUUCCAUUUUGUUUACUUUAACAGUUUUUACAAACUAGGACAGAUGCAAUCAGCCGCCGCAGCCUCGCCGCGCGUGCACCGUCACAUAUUUGACCCUUCUCGUGUUUCCAAACACGAGGUGGCAUUUUGCAUUAACGUAAAACUUUGAAGGAAAUACAGGCAGAGCAAACAGGCCGGAUUGAACGGACUGACUGUAAGCGGCGGUUUUUCCACCCUCUUGUCUGUUUAUGUGCCAAGGACCUCCGUGUUCAGCGAGCCUCAUUCAGCUUUCUCUCAUGUUUCGGGUUGUAUUUGACAGAUGUGGCCUUUGCAGACAUCCCACUUUUUACUUUUCCAAACUGGCUGCACGAAAGCAACUAUAGAAGUGAGCCACAUCUGUAGUUACACCCGAACUCUUGCACUCUGUUUCACUGUAAGUUUGUAAGAAAUGAAACCAAUGCCUACAUCCAGAGCAUGUAUUUAUUGUAAACAGUCAACUAGAAUUGUGAUUUCCUUUCCCCCAUGUAUGUACUGUGAAAUAUGAAGACUGUAUGUAAAGUACUUAUCAUUAUUCUAAUGUGACAUAUGUUGAAUAUACUUGUAACAUUAUUUUGUACAUAAAAUAUUUAUGAAUCAGCCUCGUGUCUUUGGUCACAGAGCUCGCUGUUCCCGCUCAGCACGGCAGCUCCGGUCAGUGAUUCCUGCCUUACCUGAGCGCCACACUCGGUUGCACACCUGCUCCAGGUUUAAUCUUUCUGUCUUUGCAAACACACACCUUCUGUCUUCAUCACGGUAACUGGUUUAGCUAUAAAAAUUAACAGGAAAAAAACAGUUUAAACUAAAGAGCACGAACCACAAGGCCCCGGGUACUGUGGGUGUUCUGGGGAAGCGGUGCUUGGGAUGUUUUGCGUGGAUUGUGCAGGCUCUAUUAUUCUGGGUACUCAGAGACUGUUAAGUGCACUGGUGAUUUUAAAUGGUUGUGUGCUGGAUAAGUACUUAAAGGUGUAUUGCAUAAAGUGCUGUAUGAAUGGCCAGUAAGACUGCAAAAGCGCUGUAUACAUGCAGGUCGAUUCUGUUUUUGUCUGAUUUGUAGCUCAUCUUUAUGAUGCAUUAAUACUGUAAUCCUGCUCAGCCGGUCGUUGAUGAACAUACAGUCAGGGAGAGCUGCUCAUUUAAGUCUGAAUGACUGUUUUUUAUAAUUUGGAAGAAAUAAAUAACGUCGAGAAAAUAACUGACUAUUCCCCAGAUGUCACAGCACAGAGUUUACUACACGUCCGAACGACCACAGCGUGAAUCAUCAGGUGAGUAAUACUGCUGUGGCGUUUGAUUCUAAUUUCCAGGUGUUUCACAGAUACCUUAUGUUGAUGCUUUUUUCUGGUUGCUUUAAAGGUAAUCCACAGGUGACAGGGAAAAAACAUGAGCCCAGACCUGAAUGACUGGCAUCUACAUUCACUUCCUUUUUGGAUGCCUUCCUUGUCUUAUGUUACAUUUUUAGUAAAAAAAAAAAAUUGAAAAACUAGUUUAUUUUUCUUAAUUUAACGAUUAUUAAAAAAUUUUUGAUCACGUUCAGAAAAAUAACCGGUGAAGCAAAUUCCCAGAAGAGAGAGCAGGUCAUCUACUGAUCGGAACGUUGGUGGUUCGAUUCCUGGCUCCCCCUAGUCUGCGUGCCAAAUAUCCUUGGGUAAGAUAUUAACCCCAAAUUGCUCUCUGAUGCAUCCAUCGGAGUAUGAAUGUGUGUGAAUGUUACUUAGAAAGCACUUAGAACAAUGUGCUUGUGCGAAUGGGUGAAUGUACAAGUUGUGUAAGGCGCUUUGAGUGUUCAGAAAGAAGAAAAGAUAAGAACAAGUCCAUUUACAAUUUACCAUAGUGUCACAUUCUGAGUUAUUACAACACUGCCUGUAUCUAAACUCUGUCCAGUUUGGUUUUUGUAUUUGUUUUGCAUCAGUAUAGUUUUUGGUCUUUAAAUCUGUGAAGCAUCAAUAUUGGAACGUACCAUGAAAGCUUCAAAUCAAACAAAACAAAUAUUACAAUUAUUCCAUUUUUAUUUCUGCACAGCUGUGUUAGUACAGCUUUGAGUCAGACUAACACGAUUCACUCACUGGAAUAGCAGGAAUAAUAUAUACUGUAUAUUUUACCAAACAAGAGGACUUAUUAUAUUCAUUUCUGCCUUCAUAUUUUUAGUCUUGGACUUAAAACUUAAAUAUUAAAUUAUAUAAUAAAUUACAUUAAUGCAAUUCUUUGAAAAACAUAUUCAGAUGAAAGCGUUUUGUUUUUUUUGUGAAUGCAAGUUGAUUGUUAACACAGUCAUGUGAAAAAGAAAGCAAUGAUCUCAAGCGCAGCAGCAAAUCUCCAACAGAAUGCUGAAAAAGAAAAGACUCGUGGUGCUGCAAUGGUCCGGUCAAUAUCCAGACCUCGACCUGACUGAAAUGCUGUUACAGGACCUCAGGAGAGCUGUGCAUAAACCAAUACCUGCAAAUGUCAACGAGCUGAAGUAAUGACGGUGCUGAAGGUGGUUCUAUGAGCUACUGAAUGAUGCGAUUCUUAGUUUUCACUGCAGAGUCCUGUGAAAUGUUCUUUUUGACAUGACAGUGUAUGUUCAGGGAAAGCGUGAUCACUAGAGGCACAGCUGAUAAAUGAUGAAUCAAAAAAAGGACAAAUAGCACAAAAUUUAGUGCAUUUUGCAAUAAAUUCAAAUAUUUAGAGUUUUACUUUAAUUUUACUGCAUCUAUAGAAAAUACUUCCUUGCACAUGGACAAAGUUUGAUACUAGUUGAACAUUACUGGUUUCAGCUGUUUGUUUACACCGUAUCACGCUGUGGUAUAACCAGCUCUGACACCAGUGCUGAGUAAAGAUAAAAUGGGCUGAAAAUCUGGGAUCCGUGAUGUCGGAGAGGAGAGUGGGUGGAGUUUCUAAAUAGAUGCCACGUGAAUACGAGUCACCCAGCACUGAGAUAUAACACUAUUAAUCCACACGACAUGUUCAAAUCAAGUAUGUCAGGCUGUGCUUUCUGAGCGGCUAAACAUCGCUGAUCUGAUGACAUCAUCUUUGUUAUAACUGACUGUCGCACUCCACUUCCACGUGGUCGCCAGACUUCCCGUUGUUCUGCGCGGGCUGUAAAUGAUCAGGAAGCAGGACCUCAACACUGUAGCUGAUGCGUUUGGCCUGGAAGAUGCUGUAGGUGUUGUCGAAUCUCAGCACAUCUGUGGAGGACAGAAUGGAGUAUUUAGACAGCUGGGUUUAACAUCACAGAAGCACUCGAACACAAGGCCACUCACAGACUCCUGGACGCUCACAGGUCAGUGAGCCGUCCUCGGGUACUAAGUGGGCGUUGUAUCGCUGACUGGGCACGAUUUCCUCCAUCUCAGCCGCCUUCUUCCAUUCACCCUUUUUGGCCUUUUGAAAGACCCCAAAUCCGAUGUCUCCACCGUCACUGGCAAACUGCCACCUAACAGGAUGUAAAAAUGCUUUGAAUUAGCAAAGCCUUUAUUUUGAAAGCUAGACUGUGCUCUACAGUGGUACGGACGUUAGCCGUGGUUUCUCACAACCAAGAUGGUGAUGGCAGAAACGCUGGUCUCGAGGCUACACAAUGGGACUUUAGAAACCAGUGAAUGAUGUCACGAUAGCCAUGUCCAUGUUUUGUUCUGUCUAUGGUCUCACUACAGCUGGGAGAGGACGAACUACGACGAGGCACAUUCUUCCCGAGCAAUAAGUGGCAGCUCAGGUUGACUGGGACCCUACUCGCUUGAUUUUACGUUGUCAGCAUGACUGUCACAUGUUCAAAAUAGCAAACCUAACUUUGUUCUGUUUCUUCUUUUGUCACGAUUCUGUGCUUAAAGUUUAAAGAUGUAGCUGAUUUAAUCUUCCUAUUUUUCCAGCUGUAGCUUGAACAGAGACCCUUUUGGUUUGCCGUUUGAUUUCUUGUGAUAUAAGUGAACUGAAUAAGAUCAUUUUAAAGAUAUGGAUUGAUCUAUUUCUCCACGCUCCAAAAAUGGACGGCGUGCAUCAACCUUUAAUCGCACAAUGAAUGAAGUGAGUGACUUCACAACAAGCUGGCGUGAUGAGCCAUAAUCAUAUCAGAGCUCUGCGGCUUUGAGUCAGGCUGUCUCUGUAAUGAUACAGCACAUUCUUUUUAAGACCUCUUAGCUACGGCUCAUCGACUCCACUCUGAGAAAUUUACAGACACUAUUCUUUCUACAUGACUGUCUCCUUUUGACAGGACCUUUAAUCAUAGACUCUGUAUGACUUUUAUCACUGACCUGAGAACGCAGCCGGGGAACAAGAUCUCAAAGUCCAGUUGCUCUGAAGAAACUCGGCUGAUGGUCACAGACUGCUCGUAAUCCACCUUCACAUGGUCCCGCACGUAGUAGGAGGGAGGAACUGGUCCAACAUGGUUUAUCUGCAGCAGAGAGUCAAAAAGUAAAAAAAAAAAAAACAGGCGUCAAAUACUCACACAGACAAUGA